UAUCGGAGCUUCGGCAUAAUGAAGGGAGCUUGUUAAUAGACGCAUUUCUGACCCCCGUUUUUCACUUCAACGAGGCAUUUUUUUCCUUUUCUUCUUCUUCUCUUUCUUUCCUCCUCUUGUUUCAACGGACGAAGUGAAUUUUACGAUGAAGUGGCCGGUUUCUGUCCGUCCCCUCCUGGCGGCGCGUGGAGCUCUCAAGCGUCCCGGGUGAUGUCGCUCCCGAUCUUUGGGACCCGGUCGUUGGUGUGUAGCCGCGUGUCAUGACACCGUUGUACAGAGUAUUAACUCAGAAGCGGAGCCGCGGUCUUUAAUUCACGGGGAGUUUACCGCUGAGGCGUCGGAUGGAUGAUGAGGAGGAGGACAUGUCACGGCCCAUCUCGCAGCUCUGGGGAACGCCCUUUAGGGACCUCAAAUACGAAGAACGCGCCACACAGAUCGCGGCCGGACAGGCCCUCGCCGCUGUCACUGCUGCCGUGCCCACGCCGCAGAGCCACAACAACAACAACAACAGCAUCGGCAUCAACACGCUGCCCUGCGGCUUGCACCGGCAGCCUCGCAUACCCUUUCACGGCAACGCUGGAUUACGCUCACAUUUCCCCGCUCAGUUUGAGCCCAUGGAGGACCGGGGAGAGAGGCAGACUGGAGAGGAGGAGGAAGAGGGCAGAGGGGAGGAAGAUGACAGGAUGGCAGAGAGGCCCGAGGAGCAGGCAGGGGUGAGCGUCGAGGCGCAAAUCGGUCGUAAACUUCGGGAGAUCGGAGACAAGUUCCAACAGGAUCACGUUGAACUGUUCAUGAGGCAUCAGAGACAAAACCUGCCUGCCUGGAUGCGCCUUACGGUGGCCCUGUUUGGCUUCCUGUUUCCGAGGGCGGCCCUCUUGCCCCGCCUGAGAGGAGCGCAGAGAUGAAGGGGGCUUUCCUGCCGGCCCUCCGACCUCAGCCCUUGUUUUCACCAAACAGGCACAAGGGACCAGACUUUUAAGAGAUGGCACUGUAAGAUGGAACACGGGUUUGGAUUUUGUUUUCCAAUUGAACACGAAGAUGAGAUGAAGAAAACUCUGGUCACCGCUGGACGGAGACUGAUUACAAUUUCAAUUUUUUUUCCUUUUUUUUUUUUUUUCGCCUCUCUAAGAAGAAGCCAUUUGAAGAGAUAUUUUCGAAAUAUUUGUAAGAUGACCUAUUUUGUACAGUAAACUGCUCUUUUUAUUUGGUAUUUCAAGUCUUGACGGACCUCCAUCAGUCCAGGGAAUGCCUUAUUCUCUCCUGCCACAGUACUUUUGCAUCAAGGACAUCAUCAAAUAAAAGAGAUCCAUUUUAAGAUUAGGCCACUUUUUGGCGACAAACUGUGGACGUGGACAUUUCUGCGCUGAACGUUACUGACUUCAAAACCUUGAGGACUCGAGGCACAUUUCUAAUUUAUUCUCAGACAAACAAUAAGCCCUAUACUUAGCCUUUAGUGUUCCACACUGGCUAAUUUGAUGGCGUUGUGGCGGUACUACUGGCGUUGCACCGUCCGUCAGUAUAGAUAUUUUACCAGCUUCCACUGUAGACGUAAGGGCCUUUAUAUCAACCUGUCUCAUCCAUCAGACUCUCCAUCUUUAGCACCACUCAUGACGUUGUUAGAAGUGGCCUAAAGACCCACUGUGUAGAUUCAGAUCCUGUCGAUUUUAAAGGGGAAACGCACGUAUACUUGAAUGUAGGUGUCCUGAAGAUAUUCUAAUCGAGUGACUUCGAUACCUGACAUCGUCGUGAUUGCUCUUUGACUUUGUGUGUACGUAGGAGUGCGUGCUUACUGUUUCCAAAAUCUGCAGUCAUUUUGAAACCAAAUAAGCACAAAACACAUCUCCUUUGUGGGAUCACGAUCAGGGAACUGGAAAAAACAAAAUCACUCGGCUGAAAAUCUUCGGAUAGAUGUCAUCGUAUUCGAAAGCUUUUUCGGUAUUUCUUUCUCUGGCUGGAUUGACAAUCGCAAUUUUUGCCCGUUGCUGCAUUGUGUGGGGCCGCCUUUCGCAGCGUUUUUUUAAUUUUUUUAAGGGGCCGAGCAAUAUUCAAGCCAGUGGAAGAAAGUUGAAAUCUUAGGGAUCUGUUGCAUUCGCAAUCAAACUGAUAUCCACAGGAGGACGUUUCCCAAAAUAUGGCUGUGUUCUCAAAUGAAAUACACUUCUUUAAAUAUCUUUUGUUGCAGAAACCUUUCGGGUUAAAGUCGCUGAGAUGCAUUUUUAUUUGAUUUCACUCCAGGCGUAAAUGUCUCGAGCACUGAUUCAAUCCCGAUGUGCUGAUACGUGUACGUGUCAACCUUUCAUUCAAGUGCUUUCUUUCACCAAACUGCCAGUGGCGUAUUCAGCUUCACUGAGAACUAAGUAAGAACAGCUUCUGUACAGUUCAAAAAUAAUGUUCUUUUUUUUUUUUUACCAACACACGGACACAUUUUGGGUUAUCGGAGAAAGUUUAUGAACUCCUUUGUGACAACUGCUACGUCAGCAUUUUUGCAACGACACGGCCACUAUUAAUCAAUAUAAGGUUUAUAAAGUAAAAAGUCUCGGAAGGACUUGAAAUAUGUUUGAAAAAAAAAGAAAAAAAAAAAUCCUAAUUUGAUGUUUUAUUUCAGUCUGUUGUAGAUUCAUAAUAUGAACUUUUGAAGACACUGAUGGGUUUUUUCUUCUUCCUCUUUUAUCUUUUCUUCAGGGAGUAGUUAAGAACCAUGUUAAAUACCCGAUGCUUAUUUUUGAGUUGUCUUUGCAAAUAGUCUGUCUUUUGAACGACGACUUCAUGUUUCUAGACGAUGCUGCACAAGCAAAAAAGAUGUUUCAUUCGACUUUUUAUGUUUUCCAAAGUCGCGUUCACUCAACGUGGAGGUUCUCCUUUUUUUUUCUUUCUGUGACGACAAAUGCUGAACCAAAAGUUUGUUCCCUGCAAACGCUGAACGCUGAGCCACACAGACGAACUCUGGUCUUCGGGCCAAAGCUUCGCCCUCUUUGUCGCCACCGGAAGAAAAAAAAAACGUUGCGCUGAACCACUCCCCAUCAAUAUUGAGAACAAGAUUCAUUUUGUUUUGUUCCUUCUCGGUAAUUUAUUCUAAUUUAUUUUCUGUAUAUUUGCUCAGUGCUACUGUAUAGAUGCGAUCUCAGUGUGUACAGUCCCCUUUUUCCUUCUCAUUGUUGAUGCGCAUUCAGUUGUGUGUUUGGUGCCUGUGUGUGGGGAGGUUGGACUCAAGCCAUGUGCCUCGUGCGCUCUCACAGGAUAUGGUGCGAGUCUUUACAAAUCACGUGAACAACAGACAAUCAAAUGUACACAACGUGCCUUGUGAGUAACAAGUCCUGCCACAUCGUCAUCAACGCGUGGCAUCAUUACCCCAAAGUCACUGGUCACACAGCUCUGGUUUCACUCGGAGCCCUGUGAGAGAACAACAGGCUCUGCUACAGCAGAGUUGGCAUAAACAGUGCGGCGUGUUCGUUGUGCCUUGAUACAACACCCUCCCCCCCCCCAAAAAAAUAAAGAACAAAAAAAUAAUCUGUUUCACGAGGCACAGGCUCAACCUUUGACAUCUCUCAGCACGAACGGCAAGUUUCACCAAGCAAAACCUUCUUAAUAUCAGAAACGACUGUUUGCAAUCAAUGUGCACUGUAAAAAAAACAACUCUUUUUUUUUUACCUGUAUACUGUAUUUUGCGCCUCUCUUUCUACUCCUAAACUUCCCCUCUCGAAAACUCUUUAAGAUCUGUAAUAUGCUGGAUCGGCCUAGCUGGUCUGGGUAUUUGUGCUUUAUUAUCUACAACCCAGGAGGGCUUUACGUUUGAAGGAGGAAUGAGCCACCAUUGGUGCCCAGUAUUAUCUGUAUGUGAGGCGGGUUGAACAGCCACCCAGUCGGUCUGGUGCUGAUCUGAGCCUGUCGUUACCAACCACUGUUGCAACCCUGACUCAAAGUGAAACAUUUGUUAUUCAUUCAACCUUCAGUGUCUUUAAUAUCAAAUUUCUUCAAUCAUUUAUUAUUAUUAUUAUUUUUAUUUUUUUUAAAUAUCCAAGAAAGAGUGCAUCUUUACUGUCAAGUGCUGUGAUUUGGUGUUUUUUUUUAAUAUAAAAUACAUUUGACAUGAAUUUGACACAGCUAUUGUUGCUAUCUUUAUAAAAAAACAUAUUUGGGCUAAGAUUUUCCACAUCUUUUUUUGUAAGAAGACGAUGAACGAACUACAACAACACAACUUUUUUUUUUUUGCUACGAUUGCUUUUUUUUUGUUGUGGCAUAUUUCUUUUUUUUUAAUAAAUUUGGGAUAUUGCCAAGUCUGCUGUGUCACUCUCAGUUCAAGGGCUUUUUUCGAUAUAUGUAAAUGGAGUAAAAAUGCAUGUCCAACAUUCCUGGGGGAAAAAAAAAAACGGUAUCUUAAAAAGGUUUGAAUGUAAUUUAAUGGAGUGAAAUCCACGAUAUCUCUUUUAAUACAUGAACUGAACAGUGGGACUUAAUUCAGACCGCUGCGCUGUGCGCGUGGGGAGUUUGUAUCGUCUUCACAUUUCUUUCUUUACGUUCAGAGUGGUCUCAAGGAUUUCACAUUCAUGUUUCCCAAUGAAGUGAGACCCAGUCCAGAUGUAGCAGUUUUCGUUCAAGCAUCGUCUGUGUUAUCUUUGGGACCGCUCUGUGUUCGGCUGCACAGUUUUCAAACGGCGCAGGAAAUGAAGCGAUGGAGGGAACGAAGGAGGACGGGGGAUGUUUGUUCUUUUUCUAGUGCAAUAUGCUGUAAAUAAGAGCUUGACUCUCGAAAUCUUACAAUUUCUCUUAAUUUCUUCUGUUGUUGAAUGGGUACAUUGCUGUUUUUUUGUUUUUUUUCAUUAAAACUUUAUGGACAAUUGAAA